CGCGAGGGCGCGUGGCAGACGGGGGCGCGCUCGGCGGGGGCGGGCUCUGCUAAGCGCCCAGGAGGAUCCUAGGAGCUGGACGUGUCCGCGAAGAUGGCGGGCCGGAGUAUGCAAGCUGCGAGAUGUCCUACAGAUGAAUUGUCUUUAACCAACUGUGCAGUUGUGCACGAAAAAGAUUUCCAGUCUGGCCAGCACGUGGUUGUGAGGACCUCUCCCAACCACAGGUACACGUUCACACUGAGGACCCACCCGUCCGUGGUUCCAGGCAGCAUUGCGUUCAGCUUACCUCAGCGAAAAUGGGCUGGACUUUCUAUUGGGCAAGAAAUAGAAGUGUCCUUAUACACGUUUGACAAGGCCAAACAGUGCAUUGGCACAAUGACCAUCGAGAUCGAUUUCCUGCAGAAAAAAAGCAUCGACUCCAACCCUUACGAUACGGACAAGAUGGCAGCGGAAUUUAUCCAGCAGUUCAACAACCAGGCGUUCUCCGUGGGACAACAGCUUGUGUUCAGCUUCAAUGAAAAGCUUUUUGGCUUGCUAGUGAAGGAUAUCGAAGCCAUGGAUCCCAGCAUCCUGAAGGGAGAGCCUGCGACGGGCAAAAGACAGAAGAUCGAAGUGGGGCUGGUUGUUGGAAACAGUCAAGUUGCAUUUGAAAAAGCAGAAAAUUCGUCACUCAAUCUUAUUGGCAAAGCUAAAACCAAGGAGAACCGCCAGUCUAUCAUCAAUCCUGACUGGAACUUUGAGAAAAUGGGAAUAGGAGGUCUGGACAAGGAAUUUUCUGAUAUUUUUCGACGAGCAUUUGCUUCCAGAGUGUUUCCUCCAGAGAUUGUGGAGCAGAUGGGUUGCAAACACGUUAAAGGCAUCCUGUUAUAUGGGCCUCCAGGUUGUGGUAAGACUCUCUUGGCUCGGCAGAUUGGCAAGAUGUUGAAUGCGAGAGAGCCCAAAGUGGUCAACGGGCCAGAGAUUCUCAAUAAAUACGUGGGCGAGUCAGAGGCUAACAUUCGCAAACUCUUUGCUGAUGCUGAAGAGGAGCAAAGGAGGCUCGGUGCUAACAGUGGUUUGCACAUCAUCAUCUUUGAUGAAAUCGAUGCCAUCUGCAAGCAGAGAGGGAGCAUGGCUGGUAGCACGGGGGUCCAUGACACUGUCGUCAACCAGCUGCUGUCCAAAAUUGAUGGCGUGGAGCAGCUGAACAACAUCUUAGUCAUUGGAAUGACCAACAGGCCGGAUUUGAUAGAUGAGGCCCUCCUCCGACCUGGAAGACUGGAAGUGAAAAUGGAAAUAGGCUUACCAGAUGAGAAAGGUCGACUACAGAUCCUUCACAUCCACACAGCCAGGAUGAGAGGGCAUCAGUUACUCUCUGCUGACGUGGACAUUAAAGAACUGGCCGUAGAGACCAAGAACUUCAGCGGUGCUGAGCUGGAGGGCCUGGUGCGAGCGGCCCAGUCCACUGCCAUGAACAGACACAUAAAGGCCAGCACUAAAGUCGAAGUAGACAUGGAAAAAGCAGAGAGCCUGCAGGUGACAAGGGGAGACUUCCUUGCUUCUUUGGAGAAUGAUAUCAAACCAGCAUUUGGCACAAACCAAGAGGACUAUGCCAGUUACAUUAUGAAUGGUAUCAUCAAAUGGGGUGAUCCAGUUACUCGCGUUCUGGAAGAUGGGGAGCUGCUGGUCCAGCAGACCAAAAACAGUGACCGCACACCACUGGUUAGCGUCCUUUUGGAAGGCCCUCCUCACAGUGGGAAGACUGCGCUAGCUGCGAAGAUCGCAGAGGAAUCCAAUUUCCCCUUCAUCAAGAUCUGUUCUCCUGAUAAGAUGAUUGGCUUUUCUGAGACAGCCAAGUGUCAGGCCAUGAAGAAGAUCUUUGACGACGCAUACAAAUCCCAGCUCAGUUGCGUAGUUGUGGAUGACAUCGAGAGGCUGCUUGAUUAUGUCCCUAUUGGCCCUCGAUUUUCUAAUCUGGUACUACAGGCUCUUCUUGUGCUACUGAAAAAGGCUCCUCCUCAGGGCCGCAAGCUUCUCAUCAUUGGGACCACGAGCCGCAAAGAUGUCCUGCAGGAGAUGGAAAUGCUCACCGCUUUCAGCACCACCAUCCACGUGCCCAACAUCGCCACCGGAGAGCAGCUGUUGGAGGCUUUGGAGCUUUUGGGCAAUUUCAAGGAUAAGGAACGUACCACAAUUGCACAGCAAGUAAAAGGGAAGCAGGUCUGGAUAGGAAUCAAGAAGCUGCUAAUGUUGAUCGAGAUGUCCCUACAGAUGGAUCCUGAAUACCGUGUGAGGAAAUUCUUGGCUCUCUUAAGAGAAGAAGGAGCGUAAUAGCCCCCUUGACUUUGAAAACGAACUAUUUGCAAACACACAGUGACCAAGGGAAGUGACCCAGGGAAGUGACCAAUGUAAAGAGGCCUGGGAUCAGCACUGGAUUCACUCGAGAUCCUAAACGAAGUGAAAUGUUCCCUACCUUCAACACGUGCUCGCGCCGCAUGAUUAGUGCAAUAAAAUCCCUUCCUUGUACUUACCAGGAUAUUCUGCCACUUUGUUAAAGGUACAAACUUGCUUCAGAAUGCUCUGCUUACCUUUCUGUGCAAGCCGAUUCCUUCUUCCUCAGUCUUUACGUGUGUGAAAUAUACUGUACUUGUGAACACUACACAUUCUAAGCUUCCUACUACCCCCACCACCCAAAAACUCUCAAUAAAUGUGAUGAUUUUGCAAGAGGACAGUUGGCCUGUUAGAAGGAAGACUUUGGACAGGUACACCAGGAACAGUGAAUAGAGGAAAGGGCUCAAAGGGAUUAUCUUAGAACCUCUGUGUGCUAAUGCUAAAGGUAAUCAGGUGUUUGGUUCAAGUUCUCCCAGAAAGCUGGUUGUUAUCUUUGCCUGAAGAAGCAGGCCUUUGGAUUUCUAAGGUACUGCUCACAAUUAUUUUUAGAGAUGUGUCCAAGUUGCAGUCAGGAGAUUUUCCUCAAUAGAAAGUCAGAUUAUUACUGUGUUGUCUAUGACAUCCCCUUAAUGUAACUAAUUUCCUCUGUGGUAAGAGGUAUGGGAGUCAUUUCUACCUGGUAGUUGUUGUUAAAAUCUUAUGAAAGAUGUAUGGAAAAAGUGUACACCCCUAAAAAGAAAGGAGUUGUUAAAGGAAGUAAUUAAUAAACCUUAGUACUAAUUAGUGCCCAACUCUAAAUGGGUCAGUUCCUUAGUAUAAUAUUAAAGGCUUAUUAGCAUCACCAGUUUUCUUCUUUCCUAAAGUUAAUGACUUACUUAGAACGUAUCCUUCAUUUUAAAUUAUCCGCACUACCCAGCAUCUAAAAAAAUAAAGUAAACCACUUUCUAGAGCUCUCCCUUCUGUCUUUAUCGACCAUUCUAGUCCACGUAACACAUUUCCUUUACCCUCUACACGCUUCUUCCAGAGGUUUUGUCUUAUAGCUGAGCCAGAAGGAAUUUAAAUAGGCAUCGUACUUGGUCAUGAGACCUAUGGAGCAUGCUCCUCUGUCCCCAUUUCUGCUUGAAAUGUGAGGACAAGCUGUCAGAAGCCAUCUGAAUGUGCCUGACGCCCCCGGGAGGCCUGUGGCCACAGUGGCACUGAGUGUAGCUGUCAUCUGUCCCUGUGGUGAAGGCACAUUGUCCCCAGACACUGCCGCCUGCGUAUCUGUGGUGGGCUUGCGUGCCACACCCACUGUCUUUCAGCUUUUCUUUGCUAGCUUAUUCUGUGGCUUUUCAAAAAGUGGGUUCUAUCGUGAAAUUCUGUGAUGCCCAGCGCCCAGCGCCCUGGACUUCCUCGUCCGGUUUAGAUAGAGCUUCUUGCCUCUUCUCUUCCCGCGAAAGCAGCUCACAUUGUAUCAACUUACGUCUCCCGCUCAGUGAGGUUGAUGUCUUUGUGUUUCAUCCAAAAACUAUAUUGAAAAAUAUAAAUAUUAUAUUGUUUAAUGCAAACGAAGGAAUGCAAUAAAGAGUAUAUAUACUUGACAACA